AUGUCGCUGGAUUCAAGUCUUUAUCAUUACGUCCAAGAAAAUGGCCGGACUUACCAUAGAUAUAAAGAAGGCAGAUAUUUCUUACCAAAUGACGCCGCAGAACAAGAGCGACUAGACCUUCAGCAUCAAUUAUUUAUAAUAACUAUUGAAAAUAAGCUUAAUCUAGCCCCAAUACCGGAUAACCCCCCGCGGGUCUUGGAUAUUGCGACGGGGACGGGCAUAUGGGCGAUAGAAUUUGCCUUCCAGCAUCCCGGAUCCUGUGUUAUCGGGACAGAUCUAAGUCCGAUCCAACCUCAAUUCCUACCAGAGAACUGCAAAUUCGAGAUUGAUGACGCAGAGGACGAAUGGACGUUUAGCGAACCGUUUAACUAUAUCCAUGGACGGGCGCUAAUGAGUUGCUUCAAUGACCCGGCGGCUGUAGUGAAACAGGGGUUCGAGCACCUAGCACCUGGAGGCAUUAUGGAAUUCCAGGAUGCGUUAUUCCCGAUGAACUAUGUUGGUGACUUGCCAACGGAGUCAGCACUGUACCGGUGGAACCAGAUGAUGCUCGAGGGUGUAUCACGUCUCGGCCGCUCCUGGUCUAAUGCUCGGAAUUAUCGUCGUUAUUUCGAGGAAGCCGGCUUCGAGAACAUCGUCGAGAAGCGCUUCUACUGGCCUACUAGUCCCUGGGCGAAGGGACAGCACUAUAAGACCAUCGCUACGUACUUUCAGGAGGACUUACUCACGGGUCUCGAAGGUAUAAGCUUCAAGGUGCUAGGAGUGUUGGGCUUGUCAGCUGAACAAGUUCGGGAAUUCGUCGAGGACGUUAAGAAGGAUCUUAUGGGCACUAGUGUUCAUGCGUAUGUAACUGUGACGUAUAUAUAUGGGCAGAAGCCGGGUAAUCUGCCUUAA